AUGAUUGCCAACACCUUCGCCCUUCUUUCCGCUGCCGUUGCAGUCAGUGCGGUUCCAGCUCAGUCCUUUGGAUCCGAGAUGCUCCAGGUCCGCGCUAUCCCCACUUCUAUGAAUGGUAUCUGCGGUGCAUUCAACGGAUCGACCACUUGUCUUGGCACUGGCUACGGCAACUGCUGCUCCCAGUUCGGCUACUGUGGCAAAUCUGAUGUCCACUGCGGUACCGGCUGCCAGACCGGUUUCGGCUCUUGCGGUACUCAGCAGGGCCCCGAGUUCAAGGACCUUGGCUGCUUCGCUGACAGCACCAAUUCCCGCGUCCUCCCGACCAUGAUCAACCACGGCGGAAACACGCCCGCCAAGUGCAAGGCUGCUUGCGCCGACGCUGGCUUUCCUUAUGCUGGUGUCGAGUACAGUAGCCAGUGCUUCUGUGGUGCUUCUCCUCAGAGGGACCUUGUCGCGUCAACCGACUGCACCAUGGACUGCCCUGGCGACGCUACCAUCAAGUGCGGUGGCAGCAACGCCAUCCAGCUCUUCUCUACUAUUCCUACCUGGACCAACCUUGGAUGUUACUCUGACGCUACUCUCUCACGCACUCUGAGCAAGUCUCUCAACGUCGCUGGCAACACCAACAAGAAGUGUCAGGAUGCUUGUGCUGAUGCUGGUUACAAGUACGCCGGUACUGAGUUUGGAAACCAGUGCUUCUGUGGCAACUCGAUUGACAAUUCUGGUGCCCCUAUUGCCCAGAGCACCUGUAACAAGGCCUGUGCUGGUGACUCUACUACCAACUGUGGUGGUCCCAACGCCCUUAGCCUGUUCUACCUUCUCUAA